AUUUAAAUUAACUAUCAAAUAGAAACUUGUGAAGGCCUUUUGAUUUUUGUAUUUUCCUGUUUACUAUCCUUAAGAUGCUGUUUCAUGCAGAACAGAGAUUACAAAGAGCACAACAUCAGUUGAAGAAUAUGCGUCAUGCAGCGGCAGAUGCCAAACCCGAAGGUCUCAUGAAAAGACUUGAAGAGGAAAUGAAAUUUAAUUCAUAUAUGGUUUCUGAAAAGCUUCCAAAAGAGGUUGAAAGUAAGAAACAGGCCUUGUAUUUCCUGCAGAAAGUUGCUACGGAGCCAGCAAUGAGCCAGUCGGAUAUUACCGAGUUAGAAGCCAAGAUCCAAGAAGUUAAUGCACAGAUCAAUGAGCUGAUUGAAAAACGAAUGAGAAGUGAUCCAGUUGAUGAUAAAAUGUCUCUUUUCAGACAGCAGGCUGCCAUCAUUGCACGAAAGAAGGAAACAAAAGCAGAAGAAUUACAAGAAGCAAAAGAAGAGAUUGCCAACGUGGAAAAAGAAAUAGCUCAAAAAUCUAACCAAGCCCGAGAUAUUGAUGGCUCUGAGGUUUUAAGAGGAGAUGAGUUUAAACGUUAUGUAAGCAAACUUCGAGGGAAGAGUUCAGUGUAUAAGAAGAAGCGACAAGAGCUGGCUGAACUCAGUGCUGAAUACGGCGUCCUUCAAAGAACAGAGGAAAUCUUAAAGCAGCGCCAUGAUAGCAUGCAGCAGCAUUUGCAAAUAUUAGAACAAAAGAGGGGUAUUUCAGGGUAUAGUGAUACCCAGGAAGAACUGGAGAGGGUAUCCACAUUAAAGAGCGAGGUUGAUGAAAUGAAAGGCCGAACACUGGAUGAUAUGUCUGAAAUGGUAAAAAAAUUGAACUCUAUGAUAGCAGAUAAGAAGUCUGCAUUAGCUCCUGUUAUCAAAGAACUGAGACCUUUACGUCAAACACAUCAGGAAAUGACCCAGGAACAUGAAGAUAAGAAAACCCAGUAUGACAGUUGUGCUGCUGGCCUAGAGAGCAACCGAGCUCAACUACAGCAGGAUGUGAAAGUGCUUCAGGACGAAUGCAGUCAGGCAGAAAGUCAGUAUCAUUAUGUGAACUUGCAGAAAAAGAUUGUGGAAAUGCAAAUUCAGCAAGUAGCAGAUGAAAUGAAAGUGUACGCUUCUCCAGAUCCACAGGAAAGAAAGAAAUCUGUCAGGGAACAAUAUACAAAGAAUAUCCUUGAGCAAGAAAAUCUUGGGAAGAAAUUAAGGGAAAAGCAAAAACUGGUAAGAGAAAGCCAUGGGCCAAACAUGAAGCAAGUGAAGAUGUGGCGGGAUUUUGAACAGUUAAUGGAAUGCAAGAGGCUUUGUUUCCUGAAACAGCAAAAUCAAGUAUCCGUUGGGCAAGUCAUUCAAGAGGGAGGAGAAGACAGACUUAUAUUAUAGAUUUGUAUUGUAAAAUGAUGCAUUCAUAUGCAUAUGUCCCAAGUUAUGUAAUCAGUAUAUAUAGUGGUUUUACCAUUUUGACAUUACGAAUAUACUUAUAAAACACAUUUGCUUAAAUUAA